CAUGCACGUGCAGUUUCCCCAAAACAUCGAAACAAUAAAUCUCUGACUUGUCAGUCUUGUUUUGAUUUGUCAUCGUUGGGAUGAACCCUAACGCAUUGAACAUUAAGACUGUCAACCUUGGUAUUAAAAGGAUCAUUCUCUUCACAAUCUAAGCCUGGACAAUGUUUUGUCGAGGAGUGAUAUCCGCGCUCAUUGUUGCGUUGCUAGGCAACAUCAUCACCAGCAACAGAACUGAUCCAACUUAUCACGAAAACGACGGAGUCCGAUUUAUGUCCAAAAGGGCACGAGAGUCAUGUCUGAUCCAGCCAUGUGUCCAAUCCAACAGCGAGGACUCCGGAACUGUCCCAGUUAUCAUAUCAUCAGUGAUCUUUUCACUGCUGGUUCUUGCAGGAGUGGGCUGCCUUCUGUGGAAGAAGUGUCUGCGGAACAUAAGACGUGGUCCAACCGAGACUAGGUCUUCCGUCCAGUUCCGCAGAAAUGACAAGAUGAAGACGCCCGUCAAACUAGCAUCAAUGACCAGCAUGAACAUCGACCUGGACCAUCUUCCCGACAACGACCUCUACUCCUCUGAAAGUGACGACAAUGACUGCUUCCCUGAAGGAAUAGAUCUCUCCAUGGUGGACUCCUUUAACAUGGACCCCGUCGCCUCCUGUUCCCCCUACCACCUUGCAUGGACUACUCCUAAGGGAUACAAAAUACGGACUCAGGGAUCGUCCUUUCGAGAACAGGAGGUGUGUUCAUGUACUGUCGUGAACGAAUGUGAUAACCGAUCUCUUAACAGAUCUCCCGAAAUAGAACCCGGCCAGGUGAAAAAACGGCAGAAGUCUGGAGAUGGAGACACGUCAAUCGCCUCGUCAACUCCAUAUCGGACACCCAAGGUAGGCUAUGCACAUGGGCGUCCGCACCCUACGCCUAUAGAACGACUGACGUCCAUCAAGCCUGGUCGCAGUACGGCAAGCAAGCUGCCCUUCUCUCCAACCAGACACGAUUACCCAGUAACUCCUGUGACACUGUUCCUGGAGAAGAGGCGGUUCUCGGCUCAAACCCCAGUACAGCGUCUCCUGGAGAUUCAGCCCCGGGGCUAUCAAGGAUCUGAUGACGCCAGCAGAAUGGAUGAUUCGCUUCUGUGGGACAGCUACCCUUUCAGGCCUCAAGAAGAAUCGCUUGUCUGGGAUGAUGACCUUUUCGAAUCUGAAACAAAAUCUGUACCUAAAGUGGACGAAAACUGCAACGAUCCCAAUUUUAUUUCCUUAGAGAUAUGACCCGUUAGUAAAAAAAACAUUGAGAUUCAAAUUGAUAUAUAGUGACCCAUUAGCCCGGACCUUUUGCUCUGGACUGUUUAUCCGGAGCAAGGGUAGUCCGUUGAAGCUAGCGUCUACAUGUACAGAAAGGGACAUUAUUCCAUUGACAAAAUUUGUCAAAUCUCUUGGCACGGAUCGUCCGGAUUAGCGAGGUGGUGAUGCUCUGAGAGGAAAAGAACAUCUCCGUAUGGUUGGAUCACUCAAGUAUGUGGGUGCACGGGUGGUCCAGUCGUCUGAGGCGCCACGAUUCGCUGUUCAGAGUGGCGUUCCUUGGGCACGCCAGAAACCUAUGAUUGUGGGUUCGAAUCCCUGUUCGCCCCGAUUAUGUUUCUAGGUUUG